CUGCCCUUCCCCCAUGAAGUAUUUAUUUUUCCCCCUGUAUAUGAAGUAUAUUUCCCCCUCCCCUUAUGGAGUAUAUUCCUCCCCCCCUUAAUGGAGUAUUUAGGAGUAUUCUCCCUGGCCCCCUAUUGAAUAUUCCCCUCCGCCCUGGAGUUUUUCUUUAUGGAGCAUUUCCUCCCUGCCACAUGGGCCCUCACAUAUCAAGUUUCCUGGGGUGGUCGGGAGACCUGCGUGUGCUUGGUGGAGUUAUUUGGGGGGGGGGGGGUUGCUUUAUUUUCUCCCGACUGGUUAGCCGAGUUGCACGGGACAUUCUGUUUGCUGCUCUGACUCGAAGCGUAGUGGUGCGUGUGUUUGUGUGCGUGCGUGUCAUUAAUCUCUCUCUCUUUUUUUAGAAAAGCUUAUAGGUUUGGGGAGGGGGAGAAGAAAUCUGCCCUGACUAGACAGCAGCAGCCUGUAGGAUCCUAACAUGGCGCCUGAGAGGCACAUGAUGCAAAAGAAGGGAAAGAGGAGGCUCCCUCUGAGCCCAACCCAGGCAGUUGCUGACAUCAGUCAGCCUGUGGGCACAUGGCUGGGGGUUUAUUGCACCUUUCUUAGCAAGAGAGUUUUUUAGCUAUAAAAACUCUUUUUCACCACCCCUAAGCAAAACCUCUCUGUUCUCUCCUGCUCCCUCUACUAUUUAGGUAUAUUGUAGGGUUUUUGUUUUGUGGUUAUACAUUGUGGCAUAUAAUGGUGAGAAUUACAAUACUUAAGAGGGGGGAACUAGAGGCCUCAAAUUAUUUAAUCUAAUUUUUUUCAUCAAUGCAGGAUGACUUCUUAAAAGUAUUCUUCAGAUCUUUGUCCAGUCUAAUUUUAAGUGUCGCGAGGGGCUGGGCUUUGCCAUUUCUUUGGGGAGCUGAUUUCAUAACAAUCAAUCUCACCAUUAUUUCUAAUAGGGGGCAGCGGGUGCAUAUACAAUGAUUUGUUAUGAAUUCUAAUGCUGUCAAAUAUCUUCAUUUCUGCGUGCUUUUGGAGCUUCCCCCCUAUGAGUGUUUUUAUAGAUGUUUUAAAUCCUGUAUCUAUGGUUAGAAUUGCAUAGUUACUGUUUGUGACUAUGGUUAUAUGAAGGCAAGUUUUUAGUUUUUCCCGGGGAAUUGAUCUCCUUUAUUAAGCCACUUUUUAAAAGUGUUGCCUGGAGACAGCUUGUUUAGUGUAAAACUGAGUGGUCUGCUUUACAUUUUUAAUAAAUGGUUAUGAAAUGUGUGACUGGUAUUUAAAAUUUGUAAAUAAAAUGUGUGAAAUAUGUAUUUGUCUUUUUAUUUUCCAUUGUGUAGUGCAGAAUCCGUUUCUAAGACGUAUUCUGCUAACAUGGUUAUUUAACCAAAGGUGUUCAAAAGUUGCGUGACCUGGGGUUCAGCUAUCUUAUAUAAGUAUAAGGUGCAAAUCUUUUGGGCAACUAAUAAAAGAACAGAGCCACACAUUUCCAACAAUACCUUUCAUACCUGAUUUAAAGAAAGAACAGUGGGUGUUCUACAAUGAAAGCUAACCGCCAUAUUUAAUACGUUCUAGUAUCUUUGGGUAUCCUGGUGAUCUUGUUGAUCUUUCCUAAUUUUUGGUGGGUGCCCUGUGGGUAUCUUUAACCAGGAGACCCUUGAAAAUCACAAUGAUGACCAUAGCUAGGAUUCCCAGUUUCCUGUUUGUGCUAAACUGAACGCUUGCUAGCAGUUUUGAAAAAUACUUUCAGAAACAAGGAUUUACAGAUUUCAGCCUAAUCUAAAUCCUGGUUCUUAAAAAUGACAUUGAAUAAUUUAUGCAGCAAACUCAGUUUUGAAUACUUAACUCCUAAAUUAUAUAAGUUGAUUUGGAAACAGGCUUCCUUACCUGAAUGAAGUGGUUCCACAUGUGAUUAUUUUUCACAAUCUGAUGCCUGAUGAAGGUGACAGUUGUGGGUUCUUUUUUUCUUAAGGGAUUUGCUACUAGUUUUAAUGGACCCCCCCAAGGCCUUAGGCUUUAAAGUUUAGCUACUUUCAGCUGUAUAGAUGCAUUCAGUGAUGAACUGAAAAAAUACAUAACACUAUCAGUUGCUGGUGAGACAGCUCUAUGUAUGUUUCACUGAAAGUGCCUUGAAAAUCAGACAAGCUAUACAUUUGAUCACAACCUUCCCCUCCUUUUUAACAAGAUGUUUUUAGAAUUUACAAAUGCAAUGUUUAACUUACUAUUUUGUGGACUACCUUGAAGAAGAAACCCAAACUCUUCCAGCCAUUUUAGUAUUGUGAAGCAUUGGACCUAUAACCUUGGUUUUGAAGGCUAGAGGGGGUGUGACUUUAUUUCAUUGGUGGUUGCUUUAGCUCAGUUAAUCAUGCUUUCAACAUUCAGAUUAAUGGGCCAUUAUUGCAUAUGUCAUAUUGUUCAUUUACAGAAAUUAAUUUACAUGUCCCAUGCAUCUCCCGGAUUCCUGUUAUAUGCAAAGACCUAUCAAAGGCCCAUUAAAGUUUCCCCUCCAUAUCUAAACUAGUUUAGGGAGUGACCAGAUUGAAUACCAGCCUGAUAUAAAAAAGAAAUUGCCGAAGGUAUGACAGAACAUGGCUCUGAUUCACCCCCCAAAAGUUAAAGGACUCAGAAUGUCCUAUAUAUUUUUCCCCUUUGUUUACUUAAGCCCCUUCAGUGGUGAAGGUAUUAAAUAAAACUGUAAAGCAAGAGCAUUUCCACACACUUGUCUGGACAAUGGGUUUUUUUUUAAUUGAGGUGUUAUUAACGAUGGAUCGAUCUUUUAGCCAAUCCUGGCUCAAGUUACUGAUGAGUAAACUUACUCUCACUUAACACUUGACUAAAGGGAUGGUGAAUGGGUAUUUAAAAGUUGUGUCACUGCAAGCUCCUAUAUGGGAGCACAGUCAAUGGACAGUUUAUGCUGUUGCGUCUUUUACGUUGUCCUCACCAACAAGUCUGUGUACCUGCUGAUGCUUUCUGGAAAUUUGCUGUGCCUUCUGCUUGGGAAAGCUGAUGGUAGGCAUUCAGUUUCUUUUGCUUUGGGCCAGCAAGGUUUCAUGCGCGUUCGUAGUUGCUGUGCCAGUUUCAACACCACCACACUGUUCCUGUUGCACAAACUUGUUAUCAGUUCUGAAAAAAAAAAAAGUGGAAACCAAAAAACCAAACCAAACCCAUCCUGCUUGUUUGGUAAUGGAGUACCCAGAGUUUGAAGACUGUCUUCACUGAAAAUCGUGGUUGCCAGUUACAAGCUCAUCUGUACUUACAUGAUCAAGCUCAUAACUGAGUUUUGCUUGGAUUUAGAACUUUGUUUUAGCUGCAUAUUUUGCCUGCACCAUGAAAAUCCUACUAACUGCAGCUGCCAAGGGGAGGAUGAGACUCCUCAUGUUUUUCGUUUGGAUUACAAGGAAGUAACUUUAUUCCAAAUAUUCUUUACCAAGGGACUAUGGUAUUCAACGUUAACUUACGGCUACAGAACUUCAAUAUUUUUUGGGCUUUCUGCCAGAAUUCUGACAUGCAAGAUGUAGAUAAACAGCUUUAAAUUGGGUCAAAUUACAUUUUUUUAGAUGUUCCAGCAGAUGCUAAUAGUGAUUUCAUGUUAAUCAGUUCUUUCAAAUGAAUCUGAAACAGUUUGUUCAGCACCCCUAAUAGUAACACUUGGGCUCAUUUCCCCCCCCAUCUUUUUCGUACACAAGCAUAACAAUUAGUUGAAACCCUUUUUGUGUGGUUGAAACACUGCCUGGUACUUUGAGUUUGAAUAUCAACUCUUCAUAUGUGUAACAGUUCUUUGAUUUAUAGCGUGAACCAAAAUAGAGGUCUCUAUUUUUGUUUGGGAUUGAUAAUACCUUAACUUUAACAUUUUUGAGUGCACUAAACUUCUCAGUUUCUUCUUAUUGCUCCAGGCUCCUCCUUCAGAGAAGCUUCCUGUUAUGUACCUUAUGGAUUCCAUUGUCAAGAAUGUUGGAAGAGAGUAUCUUACUGCGUUUACUAAAAACCUAGUUGCAACAUUUAUUUGUGUAUUUGAAAAGGUGGAUGAAAAUACUAGGAAAAGUUUAUUUAAAUUACGCUCUACAUGGGAUGAUAUUUUCCCUUUGAAGAAGCUAUAUGCCCUCGAUGUCAGAGUCAACUCAUUAGAUCCUGCUUGGCCUAUUAAACCUCUACCCCCAAAUGUGAAUACUUCUAGCAUCCAUGUGAAUCCUAAGUUUUUAAAUAAAUCGCCUGAGGAACCUUCUACACCUACCUCUGGAGUCACUUCGUCUGGUGUCUCAACUCCUCCAGCUGUUCCUGAAAUACAGAAGAAUUUGACACAAGAGCAACUAAUAAGACAGCAACUGCUUGCAAAGCAAAAACAGUUGUUAGAACUUCAGCAGAAAAAAUUAGAGCUGGAGCUAGAACAGACUAAAGCACAAUUGGCGGUUUCUCUUAGUGUUCAGCAAGGAACAUCUACCAUGAGUCCAGUUCCAGCACCUUCCAAGCAACAUGUGUGUCAAACUCCUCAGAUGUCAGUUAAAGCUUCCCCUGUGCAAUCUGAAAGGAGCAGACCUUCUCCAAUCCCUCAAGUUCAUGAUAUUAAAUUAGUGAACAGAGAUCCUCGACUUAAUAGGAUGGCUCAGCAUUCCUCUCACGCUAAAGAGCAAAGUCAUCGGAAGGAAUUUCUGUCAACCACAACAAAUCAGUCUGAUAUCAAGGUCAAUAAAACUGUGCAACCUGAAAAACAAAACACAUCAAAGCAAGAAAAGUUAAAAUCAAAUGAAAAAAUACAGAAGAAAGAACUUGAUCAGGCAGAAACAAAAUCUAAAUCACCAUCCCCUUUGAAAAAUAAAUUAUCCCACACUAAAGAUACUAAAACUCCAACAUGCGAAAACAUGAAAUUGUCUGAUAUUAGUAAGAGAGAUCCAAGACUAAAAAAGCAUCUUCAGGAGAAGCCAGAUGUUAAAGAUGAUGACACAAAAGAAAAGAGGAAAAGUAUAGAGAAAAAAGAAAAAGAGGAACAUAAGACAUCUGAACACAGACCUGUUGGUAGUAGAAAUAAAGUAAUUAAUGGUGUUGUACAGAAACAAGAUGCCAACACAGAAGAUUCAGAAAAACAGGGUGGAAAACCUGGACGAUCCAGUAAUAGGAAAAGGUCACGAUCGCGCUCUCCUAAGUCUCGUUCACCAUCUGCACAUUCUCCAAAGAGGAGAGAUAGGCGAUCGCCCAAAAGAAGACUGAGGAGUCUGUCCCCUACCUCCUCAACUCCAAAAAUUGGAAAGGUUCGUCAGUCAGGUCUUAAACAGUCUCAUGCUGAGGAAUUUACUCAAACCACAAGAGACGAAAGAAACUCUAAUAAGAGAAACGUUAAACAAGAUGUGAGAGAUCCGAGGAGAUUGAAAAAAACUCAAGAUGAGAGACCACAGGAAACUGUAAAUCAACAUUCUGCAAAAUCCACCCCAGAACCAAAGGAGAAUGUGGAGAAUUGGCAAGGUCCCAAAUCAAGCAAAAGGUGGAAAUCUGGUUGGGAGGAAAGUAAAAACUUACAACAGAGUGAAGAACAUCAAGGACUUGGUAAAUCACCACAUCAAAGGCAUAGGGAAAAUUGGGCAGCUGGUAAAGGAAUUUUGUCACCUCGCGCACCAAAACUGCAGCAUCGAUUGAGUGUGGAUGCCAAUUUGCAGAUUCCCAAAGAAUUGACUUCUGCAAGCAAGAGAGAAUUACUCAAAAAAGCAAAUGAACGUCUGGCAUCUGGUGAAAUAACACAAGAUGAGUUCCUGGUUGUGGCUCAUCAGAUUCGUCAGUUGUUCCAAUAUCAGGAAGGAAAGCACAGAUGCAAUGUGUGGGAUAGUCCUACAGAUGAAAAAUGUGGCGUGAAAAAGAAGCCCCUUCUUUCAGAUGCUGAAUUAACAUACUACGAGCAUAAAGCUAAAUUGAAAAGAACACAAGUUCAACAUGCAUUUCCAAGGCUUGAUUUGUUGGAUCCUGAUGAUAUUUUAGACUACCAUUUGACAGACGCAUUGCUUUCUGGACUGGAAUGCGAGCAAGCAAAAAAACGAGCACAGUUUGACCGAAAAGAGCAGUUUGGAGAAAGGUCAAGACGGCAUUCUCCGAUAUCUGGUAAUAGACCUUUCACUGAUAAUCUUUCACCACAUGAAAGUGAGCGAAGACAUGAUGAGCAGAAUUCCUCUAAAGGAACAAGCAGUUCUAAAAGCUUUGAUCCUUAUGAUAGCUGGGGAGAAUCAGAUGAAUUUAGAGAUGUGUUUGGGCAACAAGGGAAAAGUACACCAGAAUUCCAGAAAAUUGAUGGAGAGGGAUUUUGCAAAUUUGAUAAUCCUGAAGACAGGCAAAUGCUUGGACAGAGUGGUGUUCGAGAAGAACCAAGAUCUCCUUUCAGUGAACGUUUCAAGAGAUCUAGAUAUGAAGAUCCAGAGAAAACAGCAUUUACCGACAGUCCUGGGUCAAGAUUUGGAGGCAUUGAAGUAAAGCAGAGAAUAACUGCAUUGAUGGAGGACAGACCUCUGUUUGAUGGGCCAUCUAGACCGCCUGUUUCAAGGGGAGGGGGAGAUGGACAAGCAAGUCAUUUUGUUGAUGGGCCAUCUAAUAACUCAAAUUCUAGAAUUGAUGGGCCACCUGCACAGGCCUCUUUGAGGUUUGAAGGGCCACUAGGACAGGUUGGUGCUGGGGGUGCCCCUCAGUUUGAUGGACCAUUAGCACAGGCAGGAGGAGGGGGUGGCAUGCGGUUUGAUGGACCACCAGGACAGAUAGGCAGUGGCCUUAGGUUUGAGGGGCCCUCAGGGCAGGUAGGUGGAGGGGGUGCAAUCAGGUUUGAGGGCCCUCUUGGGCAGGUAGGGAAUGCUUUGAGGUUUGAGGGACCUACGGGCCCAUCUGUGGGUAGUCUCAGGUUUGAGGGCCCUACAGGCCAGCCUGUGGGUAGUCUCAGGUUUGAGGGGCCUCGUGGUCAGCCAUCAGGUGGUCUCAGAUUUGAGGGACCUCAUGGUCAACCUAUGGGCCCUCGUGUUCAUCCAGGGGGUGGUCUCAGAUUUGAGGGACCCCAUGGUCAACCUAUGGGACCUCAUAGCCAACCAGGGGGUGGCCUCAGGUUUGAGGGACCACAUUUACAACAAUUGGGGCCCCAUGGUCAACCAGCAGGUGGUAUGCGAUUUGAAGGACCACAUAGUCAGCCUUUGGGACCACAUGGUCAACCGGGGGGUGGUCUCAGGUUUGAGGGGCCUCAUGGUCAGCCUGUGGGGCCACAUGUUCAGGCAGGUGGGAGUGGUCUCAGGUUUGAAGGGCCACAUAUCCAGCCAGGAGUUGGUCCCAGAUUUGAUGGACCUUCAGUUCAGACUGGGAGUGGACUUAGGUUUGAAGGUCCUCUAGGUCAAACUGGUCCAAGGUUUGAUGGCUGCCAUUCAUCCAGAUUUGAUGGUCAACCUGGCCAGCUGUCUCUCUUGCAAAGAUUUGAAGGAUUACAUGGACAACCUGGCCCACGAUUUGAAAGGGCACCAGGUCAGCAAACACCUCCUCGGUUUGAGGGACUGCCUGGUCAACAGGCACGAUUUGAUACAGCAAUACCUCAAAGAUUUGAUGGCCCUCAACACCAGGCUUCGAGGUUUGACAUGCCUCUUGGUCUCCAAGGUCCAAGGUUUGAAAAUGUAGCAAAUCAUCCUGCCUCCAGACUAGAAACAUCACCUUAUGGGCAAACUGGUCCAUACAGUGAACAUCCCAAUCAGACCUACAAUGGACCAUCCCAUGGUAUGCAAUUCCAGAGACCUGAAAUGUUUGAUGGCUCUCAAGGACCAAAUUUUAAUGGGCCAGUUGGCCCUACAGCACAGAACUACCCCAGUCUGCUCAACAGAGCAUCUGGACAUUACUUUGAUGACAAGAAUCUUCAGGGUCCUCAAUAUGGAAACUUCAGUAAUAUGCCCAAUUCAAUGUCAGUAGGAAAUGCUCAGCAACCACAUCAGGUUCCUGUUCUGUCCGUACCUUCUGGUCAACCUGUACCAUAUGGUCAAGGUCAACAGUAUUUACCAGUACGUGGACAAAAUCCUGGAGGUUUUCUUCAGAAUCAAGCAGAUAAUCACCUUGGUCAGCUUGAUGUAAAUGAGUUAUUCUCUAAACUGGUUUCUACAGGAAUCCUCAAAUUGUCAAAAACUGAUUCCACUUCAGCACAAGCAAAUGAAACUGCUCCGCAGCCAGCUCCUGAGGAGGAGGAGGAUGACCAAGACCAGAGUGAAGAUCAAGAUGUCCCAGACCUUACUAACUUCACAAUUGAAGAAUUGAAACAGCGUUAUGAUAGCGUCAUAAAUCGACUGUACACUGGCAUUCAGUGUUAUUCUUGUGGAAUGAGGUUCACCACUUCACAAACAGAUGUUUAUGCAGAUCAUUUAGACUGGCAUUAUCGACAAAAUCGCACCGAAAAAGACGUUAGUAGAAAGGUUACUCACAGAAGGUGGUACUACAGUUUAACAGAUUGGAUAGAAUUUGAAGAAAUAGCUGAUUUGGAGGAGCGCGCAAAGAGCCAGUUUUUUGAAAAAGCACAUGAAGAAGUUGUGUUGAAAACACAAGAAGCUGCUAAAGAGAAAGAGUUUCAGAGUGUACCUGCUGGACCAGCUGGAGCAGAUGAGAGCUGUGAAAUUUGUCAAGAGCAAUUUGAACAAUAUUGGGAUGAGGAAGAAGAAGAAUGGCAUCUAAAGAAUGCCAUUAGAGUAGAUGAAAAGAUUUACCAUCCAUCAUGUUAUGAAGAUUACCAGAAUACAUCGUCAUUUGAUUGCACGCCAUCUCCCAGCAAGACCCCAGUAGAAAAUCCAUUAAAUAUUAUGUUGAACAUUGUCAAACAAGAAACAGAAGAGCCAGCCUGUAACAGCCCUACAGUUACAGAACCACCAGUGGACACACCUGCUGCCUGUACGGAAGAGAGCACACCUGCAUCUAUAGAUAUUAAAACAGAGCCUGAAGAGGUUGAAUCAGUUUAAAUAAACUGAGGUAUGAUUUUUUUUUUUUUUUUUUUUUUUUUUACAGAGCUGUUGUGUUAACUCUCGAAGGCAUAUACUUUUUAUAUGAAAUAAAAUGAUCACCUGGGGCAGGGCCCCAGCUACUGUUUGGUUAAUAAAUACAUUUUUGUAUUUGAAUUUCUUACUGCCUGCACAGUUUCAGGUGUCCAUUGUGUGAAAGUUCUGUAGAUGCGUGCAAAUUUAAUGGAAUAUGGAAUUGUAUAUGUAAACAAAAAUGUACAAUUUUCACUUGUUGAAAUGUAAAUUAUAAAAUAAAAGAUAUUUUUGCUAUAUAUGGAGUGUAAUGUUUAUGCACACCAUCGAAUGAAGACAGUGUACAUUUUGUUUGGUUUAAGUGGAUUUAAACAGAGACCUCAACUUAGACCUGUUGCUAAGUAGGAUUUUGAAAAACAAAAUAACUGAAAAGUUUUUUGGCUUCAGAGGAAGAUUAUCAAGGAAAGCAAUUCAAAAACUUUCUCAAAUAGCAACCCUAGACCUCUUUUCUUAUUAAAUGUAAUUGAACAAAUUUGCAUACAUACCCAGAUAUAAAGAGAGUAACUUAAAAGAUAGUUCUGGAGUGGAGGGAGAGUUAACAAAACCGUGAUUGAUUGUGGACACAAGUGCCAGCAACCAUUUGAUUAAUAAACCAGUAUACUUAGUAGUCGGGACAGAUUUUUUUUUUAAUUAUCUUUUUCCAAAUAGUCAAGCACACAAAAAACAUUUAGUACAACUGAAAAAAUAUUUUAAGUUACAGAAGAAGAAAAUUAAUGCUCAUUUUGAAACAUGGUUAACCUUUUUCCUUUGUUGGUUAUGACUGGAUUUAGAUGGUAAACAGGAAUACCAUAAGAUGUUAAUAUUUCUUACAUGUAAUAAAUAGAAUGAAGCA